AUGCCUGCUGUCAAACGAGCUGUCCGGGUCGCCGGAGCCUCUGGUGGCUUCGCUGAUCGCCAGCGAGCCAUUCACGACCUGGCCAAGUACAGCCAAGUCGAUGUAAUCAUUGGUGACUGGAUGUCAGAGUGCACCAUGAGCAUCCAUGGUACCCGCAAGAGAGCCAAUGAUGAGACGUCUCAAGAGCUCUUUGACCCAUCCUUCAUGGGUAGUCUUGGGCCGGCUCUACCGUAUCUGCAGCAAAACAAUGUCAAAGUUGCUGUCAACGCUGGAGCCAGCUCACCGGGAGGGCUGGCCAAGGCGGUCAAGGAUGAGAUUACCAAGCUUGGGCUUAGCUUGAAGGUUGCCUGGGUUGAGGGCGACGAUGUGACGGAACAAAUGCACGACAUGCUCAAAAAGGGCGAGAAGUUUAAGAGCAUCGACACUGGCAAGGACAUUGACGAGUGGGGUCAUGAUCCGAUCUGCGCUCAAUGCUAUCUCGGAGGGCUAGGGAUUGCAGAAGCCCUCAGGUCUGGAGCGGAUAUUGUAAUUUGCGGUCGAGUCUCGGAUGCCGCACCCGCUGUCGGAGCUGCAGCCUGGUGGCAUGGUUGGGGCCGUGAUGACCUCGACGCACUUGCUGGUUCCUUGAUCGCCGGCCACCUUAUCGAAUGCUCCACUUAUGCAACUGGAGGAUACUAUUCCGGCUUCAAGGAUCUCUUCGAUGGCUGCGAAGAUCUGGGGUACCCUAUUGCAGCUAUCGAAGCUAGUGGAGACACUGUUUUUAGCAAGGAGGAGCGAGGCACAGGAGGAGCGAUGACUGUCGGAACUCUCACGUCUCAGCUUGUCUACGAAAUCCAAGGUUCCCGUUACUACAGCUGUGAUGUGGCUGCCAACCUGGAUGAUAUCAAAUUCGAACAGGUGGGCAAGAAUCAAGUUCGAAUGACUGGUGUCACCGGAACCGCGCCUCCGCCAACGACCAAGGUCGGCAUUACUGCACAUGGCGGGUACCAAGCCGAGUUCCAUUAUCUUUUCGUCGGACUGGAUAUCCAGAAGAAGGCCGAAUGGACCGAGCGGCAAAUCCGCCAUGCCAUGAAGGACCACAUACACAAAUUUUCAAAGGUCAAAUUCCACCUCGUGGGCUCCGCAGCAGAGAAUCCCGAGACCCAGGAUUCCGCCACGGUCGACUUUCGGAUCUUUGUACAGACCAAGGAUCCGUCGAUCUUGGGCCUAGGCAGCUGGGCAUCCCUUGGCGGCGCCGAGUCCUUCAAUCGCUGGUGCAUGCAAAACUUCUUGCAGUCAGCUCCUGGCGCGAGCAUCGUACCCGACAGUCGCCAGGCUUCGGGAAAGCCUAUCAAUGAGUACUGGGUUUCCAUUUUCCCACAAGAUGCAAUCCAGCACAAGGUCUUCCUAGAAUGGAAUGGGGAGUCAAUCGAUAUUCCACCUCCAGUCAACACGGAGCCGUACACCAAGAGCUUGAAAUCAUACGAGACUUCCAACCCCGUGGAUCUGAAAAGCUUUGGUCCUACAGAACGUGGCCCUCUAGGCUGGGUCGUUAUGGGAAGAUCCGGCGACAAAGCAUCCGACGCGAAUGUCGGCCUCUUUGUUCGACACGACGAUGAAUGGGACUGGAUUCGCAGUCUACUUUCAACAGAUAAGAUCAUUGAGCUGUUGGGCAAGGAAUAUCUUGGCCAUGGCAUUGAGCGUUUUGAGAUGCCUCGUAUCAAGACUGUUCACUUUCUUGUCCGUGAUCACCUUGACCGAGGCUUCAACUCGACUUCCUCCUUGGAUGCCCUUGGUAAAAAUCUUUGUGAGUAUCUCAGAUCAAAACAUAUCGAUAUUCCCAAGAAGUUCCUUGACAGAGGAAAAAUCUGA